UCCUCAUAAUUUCUAAAAAAAACAAUUUAAUUGGUCUAGGCAGGGCCAUAAGUAGAUAGGUAAACUGGAAUAUGAUUAAAUAAUUAAUCAGCCUUGAUUCUGGUUUUGACAGUUUGGAGUGAGAUACUCAACAGGAAUGUGUCUUACAUUGUAUCUGUGUAGCAAUGAAAGAUGUGAUUUAAAGAACAGAACAGCAAGACCUAGUGAAUGCAACAGCGCAACAGGUGUGUGGGUUUGUCUUUGUUCAUGUGUGCAAGCAUUUGUGUUUGUGUGUGUGUGUGUACAGUAUACGUUUCUUUGCACCUAUACUAAACAGGCUAAGAGGGAUUAGGAUAUUUACGUACCAUCUCCUCUUACUUCCUUUMCCAUAGAGAUUUGAUACCAGAGAGCCGAGUAACACCCCCACACUCCUACAUCAGGAUACACCUUUAAUUUCUCUMAUUUCUGUCUCUCUCUCUUUUUCUUUUUCUCUCUCUGGACGUCCUGCCUAACACCCGCUCUGCCCGGCAUGUGGAACUCCACGGCUGUGGCCUUUAACACGAACCCUGACUAGGCGAAACCAGAAGCCAUGACACAACCCAUGCCAACCAGUCUGAGUGAAACAGCAGACAUGAUGACCCCUGUUGCUGUCAUUGCUGCUGUGGUCCUGGUGCUUCUUUGCUUGGCAGUGGUAGUGAUUCGCUACAUGUACCGGCACAAAGGCACCUACCACACCAACGAGGCCAAGGGCACUGAGUUUGCCGAAACAGCGGAUGCGGCACUUCGAGGCGACCCGGCUCUGCAGGAUGCCAUGGACGAGAGCAAGAAGGAGUACUUCAUCUGAUCGCAGGAGUGGCACCCCCUGCUGUUUACAAUGAACUUGAGUCUGCCAAAAGAAGUGUAUUUUGGGGUUGGAGGAUAGAAAAGCUUGGAGAGGGGGUGAAAAUGCCCUCGCCAUACUGAGGCUCAGAGUAACUGUUCAGACAAUCUACCAAAGAAACAUCAGAUGCAUCUUACAAUAAUAUAAAUUCGGUAUUCUUCCCCCUAUCUGUUUUUCUCUCCAAUAUAUUUGGCAUAUCACCAAGCAUAUAUACUUUUCAAAACACUGACUUUGCUAUUAGGAGGCUAUAUUUGUCAUGCAGAAAUGGGGAACUGUCAGGAAAAUGCUUCUUAUGAGAAUCUAAGGCACCCAUAGACACCUAUGCCUUCUGUGGAAAAAGCAAGAGUAUUCCUAGAACAGAGAGUUGUAAUUAAUGGUAUUGAACCCAAAGCAAAAUCAAUUUUGGAAUGAAGAMACCUCUCAAUAAAUUGUAGGAGGAAAACAUGGAACAAAUAAUGUCGAAGGAAGCAACUUUUACUGUACAAAAUUAAUCACCAAUGGGCCCUUACCAAAAUCCUGAAUAUGUCUGGUUACUCCAUGAAUUACUUUUGACGAACCUUUGUUUGGAUUGUGAAUGUCAAUUUGUGAGUGUCAAGGGAAUGCCUUUAGCAAUGGUUAAUAACUAGUUAAUUACAGAUCCAAAGAGAUAAAGUGAGAGGUGAACAAGCUAAAACUGCAGGAAGACCUUGCCGGAUGAGGUUAGUUGUGAAUACCAAAGUGAUGCUGUCUUAGACAGGGAGAACCAGGGUUCAAACAGGUUCCUAAUGACAUUUUCUCACUAGUAGCCUGUACACUGACUAAAAUCAAUUCCAAGUAUAUUGACAUGCUAUUUGGAUAGCCACAGAAAACGAAACAUAUUGUGGUCUUCCCAUCCUGAUUUGGGCUUAAUAAAUUACACUAACUAAAAGUAUUGUGCGGUUUGUGUCCAUAAAAUGUUUAGCAUGAACAUUAUAGACCUGAGAUUUUUUGGGAUUGAUGCAGAAAUCCAUGAUGACUUUGUGAGCACCAGASGUUCCUGUAUAAAUGUCUAAGGGUGGAUAAGUGUUGUGAUCUGGUCAAGGCCGUAACCAUAUUUGUAGAACAAUUUGUGGGGCUAUUUCUUGGAACACUGUAAUGAUGCUUUUUAAAUUGCCUUGCUAAGGAAAAAUAUUAAAGUACAACUCAUUCAGCUGUAACUGCACUGACUCAGUAAAACGACAACUGCAAUCAUUGGAUAUUGUUUGAGACUUUCCGCCAGGAUGAUACUAAAAAUGAGAACACCAAGGCUUUGUUUUUUUGUUGUCAAUUAAUUUUAUUGUGGUGGAAAUGGCAACUGAAAAUAACCCCCCCCAUGCUCCAAAUCUCAUUUCAAUUCCCCAAACCAUUUUUCUCUUCUCUGCUGGCUUUGAUUAAUGUGAACUUUUCUUUGUCUCCAUAAUUGCCAAGUACUAAAAGAAAAGAAAUGACCGUUUUCUUGAUUCAAAAAGAAGGUUUGUUAGAAAGGACAAUGCAAGAUGGCUCCUCUGCAAAUGAUGCUUUGAUAACUAGUGCUGAUGCAAACAAGUAUAAGACACAUACGCAGCAAUAUAAUUAUUCACUCUCCUGAGGGCGGACACUUUUUUUUAGAUCACACCUUAAAUGGAGUGUAAGACAAUUGCUACCAAAAUGUAUUUAAUCUCUGCUGAAGAUAACUAAAUUCUCUCUAGCUUGUAAUUUCCUAACACAAGAUAAAAAUGAAAAGACUUGUAGGCAGAGGAUGCUUGGCUGUGCCUAGGCAUAGCACUUAACAAAAGCUGUUCCAGAACUGAAGAUACCUUGAUCCCAGAAUUGUGCAUGAUUUGUUUGCUUUUGGCCCUCUUUGCAAUAGUGCAUGUUAUAGACUUUCUCUAUAAGUGUAUUUCAUACAUUAAUAGCAGCUUUCAAACUGAGAGCUCUCUGUAACUACAGUUCAUUUAUUUUUUUUCAUUCUUAACUGACAGGAGACCACUGGCAUUGAGAAACAGAGAGGAUAGAUCUGAGCUAGCCUCAGCGGCAGUAAGAAAUACAACUUUACUCUCUGUUUCUUUUGCACUGUGGGAUUACCAGAUUCAAGUGGCAGGAAUUUACUCUUUACGUCCCCUUCACCUUGAAUGUUUUCUUAACUGUUGAAUUAUUCAUGUUGGCGCAUUAUUUUGAAGCUCAAAUGUUUUAUUUAUUUCCACGAGGUAAAUCCAACUAAAAGCAAAUAAAAGGCAUUCUAAGUCAAAUGUACUAUU